CGCCUGUGUCUUUCAGAGUAAUACCGAGACAUGUUGCAACAUAAUGCAACUCGUGUUGUACCACACUGUUCCUCCUCUCGUGGACGACGCGCUUGCGACUGUUCAUUGUCAAGUAGCUGUUUCAAGCUGCAUAAUGCAGUGACAGAACCGCAGUUUCAUCUUGAGACACGCUGGUGGGUCCUGCGAUAACCAUGUCUGCCUUUGAAUUCAAGCUGGCGCACACGAACAUGCACGAUACUUUCCAGCACUUCCGCUUUCUUACUUCGACGAGCAUCUCACUUGCAAUGACGGCCAGCUCGAGUAUCUUCUUCAUCCUCGCUGUGCUCAUAUCCAUAUGUGCCUCCGUCCGUCUACUGCAAAAGCCACCUGCGAGGCGCCUUGAAAUUCCAUUGUACUUCUCUGAUUAUGGUGAUGUCCAUGAAUGCAAGCAUAAUGAAGGAAAUAUAGUCGCGAAUUUUAGCCUGGACUCGUUGGAUCUGCAGGGCCAACGCUAUGACGUGACGCUCCAGUUCCGAUGUACUUGUCCGUGCUUACAGCGGGAAACGUAUCCUCACACCGACAACCUUCCGAGAACAGUGCGUAUAGGGUUCUUACUAGAUACUGGUGCGGAGAAGCGUAUAGUCGUUUCAACUCAGACAAUAGAGUCAAAUUUGACAGAGCAGCAUGUUUACCUGACAACGAUUGCCUUUGGAACGAAGGAAGAGACUUUUAGUGGUCUAGUGGCAUUGGCAUUGGACGACCGAGGAGAGACGUGUAGUAUGGACGUUCCAGUGGUCUCCAUAUUACUUGAGCGAGAGAUGGGACUUGUCAGCACUUUGUUAGCAUGUCUAUUCAACUAACAGUCGUUAAUCA